AAUAGUCCACAACUUCUGGAAGGCAAAAUGGCGGCCAAGGGAAAGAAAAAAGUGGACAUCCGAGAAUUGAUGCGAAAACAGAAGGCCGAGAGGGCGUCUAGUGGGCCCAAACGGAUAGAAUCACCACUAGCGAGGUAUAACAGCCUGGGACAGCUGUUGUGUGUCGUCUGUAAGGUGCAGGUGAAAAAUGAGCUGGUCUGGCCAGCACACAUCGCUGGCAAGAAACACAAAGAGAAUGUAGAGCUACUGAAGAAUAAAAGUGACAACAAUGGCACAUCAGUUGGUCCAAGACCAGCUACGCCUCCCAGAAACUUGGCGGGAGUCAAACGGAAAGUAGAAGAGACCAGGGAGGCAGCUAUUGGCCAAGAGAAGAAACAGAAAGUCGCCAGUGUACCAAUUAAAGGAAUCCUCAAGAACGCUAAACCAGUCACAUCUGGAUUGCCGUCCAACUUUUUUGAUGGGACCAGUAAAUCCUCCACCUCUGCAGCACCCAGCAAACCUCUGGUAGAUUUCUCUGAUGAUGAUGAUGAUGAUGAUAGUGAUGAGGCAGAAGAUAACAGUGCCCCAGCAGGACUACCUUCUGAUUUCUUUGACAGUAGCUCUAAAGCACCAGAUAGCAGCACAGCAAGUAAACCAGAGGAUGGCUCUUCAGAGACUUCAAAGUCCACCACAGCAGAGGGUAUACCAGAGGGGUUCUUCGAUGACCCAGUCACCGAUGCCAAAGUGCGAAACGUGCCCCUUCCUAGUGAGAAUGAAGAAGAAGAAUGGCAAAGGUUCCAGAAAGCUAUUAAACUGGAGGCAUCGGCAUCUGAGGCAAUGAUAGAGGUAGAGGAUGAGGAGGUGCAGGCUGAUAGAGAGAUCACUGAGAUAGAUGAUCAGAUUCACCGGUUACAGAAGGUGGAGACCAUGGCUGACCGUCUGGAGAAGGCAGAGCAGCGGAGGAUGUCCAGAAAGUCCGAGUCUGAAGACAGGGAAGGGGACAGUAGCAGCGAGGCUGAGGAGGCAGAGUUUGAAGAAUUCUUAGACUGGAGAUCUAAAGGAACCUGGAAAUAACAGAGGAGUCCGACACAAAAAUCAAACGCUUCUUAUUUUGAUAAGGCCACACCAAUUUUAUUUGUUGUUUCUCGGAUUUCCUGACCAAAUUUUUUCCGAUUUGAAAAAAAAAGUUUUUCAAAUUGAUGGUCACAUCUCGUGUUGACAAAAUUUCACUGCCUCUCCUUUCUCAAAUUGACUAUGGGCCUCAAUUUCCAGUAGCUGUGCGUGCCUAUUUUGGACAGAGCGUUUAUAAUUUUUUUUCAAACUUUGGACUUUGCUACCAGGGACCCCCUAAAUUAACUG